AUGCUCGAGAUUCACGGUAUUCCUAGUGCACAUGAAGAGAAUACCAGGGACUUGGUGCUGGCGACGUGUAAGGCGGUAGGAGUGGAACUUGGUCCGGAGGCGAUUGACAGCUGCCACCGCUUGCCUAAGGGGGCUAAGCAGCACGCUCCCGGUAUCAUAGUGAAAUUCGUCCGACGGGAUGACGCGCACAGAGUCCUUGAUAAGAAAAAACUGAAGAGGAAUCUUUCUACCCGUGACGUUGGUUUCCAGACUGCAGAGCGUCCGGUUUUUGUAAACUUAUCACUGACUGGGUUGCGAAGGAAAAUACUAUCGCAAAUGAAAAACAUUCAAAGAGAAAAGAAUCUAAAAUAUGUGUGGGUUGACAGAACCGGCAAUAUAAAGGCUAGGCCAGUUGAAAAGGGAAAAAUCUCUAUUGUCAACACCGAUAAGGACUUGGAGAGUUUCUUGGCUACUUUAUCUUGA